CGAUGCUUAUACUUGUCACAAGCAUGAGAACUUUGGACCAGUGGAACAGCUCUGGACCUACUGGAUCCAACUCUUGGGAAUCAUGGCCAAGCAAUGAAGUUUUGAAGUGCAUCCACAUAGGGUUGUUAUGUGUUCAGGAAGCUAUAGCUUCCCGACCUACAAUGUCCAAGAUUGUCGUGAUGCUCAACAGCAACACCACAACGUCUCCAGCUUCCUUGCAGCCUGCAUUCUUCGUCUCAAAGGAAGGUUUUGGAUUAAAUUCAGCCAUGGAGUAUCCUAAUGCAGCCAAUCUCUAGUGACUCUAAUCUUGAUUCUAUUAAAUUCUCUGUUAAUGGUGUUUCAAUCACUAAAUUAGAUCUAUGGUGUUUCAAUCACUAAAUUAGAUCUAUGGUGUUUCAAUCAUUGAAUUAGAUUCACAAUAAUGGAGAACACAUUCU